UAAUAUCUCGCGUACAUUCUACAAUCGAUAGCGCUCGACUUGCAUCACGUCUGAGGAGGUCGUCCGUUAGGUCAAGUCUCAUUCCUCGUCAAACGUUUCGUGCGGAUUGUCACGUUAGUUUUUUAAUUCCAAUAAGGCGUUUCACUUCAAUAAGCAGUUACGUCAAAAUGCCCAUAAAAAGCAUCAAGGCUCGUCAGAUCUACGAUUCUCGUGGAAACCCGACAAUAGAGGUUGAUCUUGUUACUGAGCUUGGAGUCUUCCGUGCAGCUGUACCAUCUGGUGCAUCUACUGGCGUGCACGAAGCCUUGGAACUGAGAGACAAUGAUAAAUCGAAAUAUCAUGGGAAGUCUGUCUUUAAAGCCAUUGAAAAUGUAAACUCCAUCAUUGGACCUGAACUGUUAAAGGCCAAUUUAGAUGAAACACAACAGACGGACAUAGAUAAUUUGAUGCUGAAAUUGGACGGCACACCAAACAAAUCCAAACUUGGAGCAAAUGCAAUUUUGGGUGUUUCUUUGGCUGUUUGUAAGGCUGGUGCUCAAAAAAAGGGCUUACCUCUAUACAAAUAUAUUGCCGAGUUGGCUGGUAAUAACGACAUCGUGUUGCCAGUACCAGCACUUAAUGUCAUCAAUGGUGGUUCUCAUGCUGGCAAUAAGUUAGCUAUGCAAGAAUUCAUGAUCUUACCUACUGGUGCAUCCAAUUUUACAGAAGCGAUGAAAAUGGGCAGCGAAGUCUAUCAUCACUUGAAGGCUGGUAUCAAGAAGAAGUUUGGCCUCGAUGCCACGGCGGUCGGUGACGAAGGUGGCUUUGCACCAAACAUUUUGGAAAACAAGGAAGCUCUUAACUUGAUCAUGAAUGCAAUUAAGACUGCUGGCUAUGAAGGAAAGAUUAAAAUUGGCAUGGAUGUUGCCGCCUCCGAAUUCCAUAAAAAUGGAAAAUAUGAUUUAGACUUCAAAAAUGAAAAUUCUGAUCCAAACGCAUACCUGGAACCAGAAGCGUUGAAAAAUUUAUAUUUGGAAUUUAUCAAAGAAUUCCCAAUUGUAUCAAUUGAGGAUCCAUUUGACCAAGACGGCUGGGAUUCUUGGACAUCCAUGACUGCAGCUACCCCCAUUCAGAUCGUCGGUGACGAUCUUACUGUUACGAAUCCUGAGAGGAUUAAGACAGCUAUUGAGAAGAAAGCUUGCAACUGUCUGUUGUUAAAAGUCAAUCAAAUUGGUAGCGUGACCGAAUCCAUCAACGCUCACAAGCUCGCUAAGAGUAACGGUUGGGGUACCAUGGUUUCUCAUCGUUCUGGAGAGACGGAGGACACGUUUAUCGCUGAUUUGGUCGUUGGUCUCUCGACCGGUCAGAUUAAGACCGGGGCGCCUUGCCGUUCGGAACGUUUGGCCAAGUAUAAUCAGAUCCUGCGUAUUGAGGAGGAACUUGGCGCGGCUGCGAAAUACGCAGGGGAGAAAUUCCGCAAUCCUCAUGCUUAAAUGGGAUCAUAACAUACCUACAUACAUAUUGAAAUCCAUCAUCGCGCAAAAGUUUGGCAGUUGUUUGGCACAUAACAAUAUUACGUGAAUCGAUUGUUCAUGUUUAUGCGAUUGUUCUAGGUAGGUAUGAGAACUUAUAUUCUUCUUGUUAACAUUGAUAAAUAAUAUCCAUGAUUAACAUACAUCAAUGUGUAUAAUACCACAAUAGAAUACUCUCUAAAUAUGUUGCAGUUAUCGUUUUAGAAAUUCGUGAAAAGAUGACUAGAAAUUUACAAAA